AUAGCAACGGUGCGGUUGUUUUUUGCGAAUCCACUUUAAUCAUCGGUACUUUUCGCUCCAAACUGUGACCCAGGCUCUGAGCCUCAGGGUUGAGGAACAGAUGGGGGUACAGCCCUCUACAAUCCUGGCGACUCGGGGAAGGUCAGCGCAGGCGGGCGAGCGGGCGAGCGGGCGGGGCUCGCUCUUGUGGUAGCCUAGACUCACAGGCCACCCCAACCCCACCUGAAACCCCGCCUGUCACUCGGUGCCAGCUGAACCAAUCGAUGUCCAAAGUUGCUGAGAGGAGGCGGACCUUAUGCAAAUCAUACCGCCUUGGAGAAGCAAAUAGUGAUACAAGAACUGGGGAGGCGGCUCCGACGCGGACCCUACAGAGCCCGGCGUCCUUCUGAUAGUCAGCUUCGUCCCCGCGGCCGCCCAGGCUCGGAGCCAUCCAGCGACUCGGCGAGCGGCCUCAGGUGGACAACCAUCUGGAGAGCCCGCCUUGGGCCAGGGACUUUCACUUCAAGCAGGGUCUCCAGUCAAGGAGGAGGUACGGCUGCCUCCUUACCCCUAGCUCAGGUCCACCAUGGGGAAGAACAACAGCAAGCUGGCCCCCGAGGUGCUGGAAGACCUGGUCCAGAACACGGAGUUCAGUGAGCAGGAGCUGAAGCAGUGGUAUAAGGGCUUCCUGAAGGACUGUCCCAGCGGCAUCCUCAACCUGGAGGAGUUUCAGCAACUCUACAUCAAGUUCUUUCCUUAUGGAGACGCCUCCAAGUUUGCACAGCACGCUUUCCGCACCUUCGAUAAGAACGGCGAUGGCACCAUCGACUUCCGGGAGUUCAUCUGCGCCCUUUCUGUCACUUCCCGUGGCAGCUUCGAGCAGAAGCUCAACUGGGCCUUUGAGAUGUACGAUCUGGACGGCGAUGGGCGCAUCACACGGCUGGAGAUGCUGGAGAUCAUCGAGGCUAUCUAUAAGAUGGUGGGCACCGUGAUCAUGAUGCGUAUGAACCAGGAUGGGCUCACACCUCAGCAGCGCGUGGACAAGAUCUUCAAGAAGAUGGACCAGGAUAAGGAUGACCAGAUUACACUGGAGGAGUUCAAGGAGGCGGCCAAGAGUGACCCGUCCAUCGUGUUGCUGUUGCAGUGUGACAUGCAGAAGUAGAGGCCGGUGAGGGGCAGGGCCCCUGGCCAGGAAAGGCAUGGCACCUCCCAACCUGAUGUCCUCUCUGCUGGCCCAUCCCCAGGGGGAGGGCCGUUCCAGCCUCACUCUCUAGCUCACCCACUCCUCUGACCAAGCCUUUCUCUCCUCCGUCAAGUUCCGUGAGCGACCACCUCAUCCUGCAAAAGAGACAGGUCCUCUCAAGUAGCCUGUCCUCAGAUAGUCUGUCACUAGCUCCACCUCUAGCCUUGGCCUAGAACCAACAUCCUUUGGGCCUAGGAGAGUUGGCUUUUGACCCAAGAGGCGAGGUUAAGGAGGGGCUGAGGACUUGCUUUGCAAUCCUGUUGUUCCCAGGAUUAUGGUCCAAAUAAACAGCAUGGUCCCACAGGCCCCCAGUCAAAGGGCCAAACCGGGUCUGUCCUGGACUAUCCAGAUUCCCUGAGAGGUGGUCUCUGCCCCGCCCCCCUGCUCUACCUGGCUCCUCUGGCCCCAGCCUUUGGAACGUUCGGUGAGUCCUUUCUUCAGCUAAUGCGUGUUGAGCGCUUGCCCCAUGCCAGGCACCUUAAGGUGCUAAGAAUACGGUUGUUUACAGAAACCCAUUCCAUGCCCCCUGGAAGCUCACAGGGUAUCGAGACAACUUCCAGGGGUCUCAGACCAGGAUGUGGAACACAACAGAGAUGAGGGUGCGAGGCAGCUGGCAAGUUGUCAGAACUAGUGUGUCCUCCAGCUGGUGCACCCAAAGCUGCAGAAAGACCGACUGAAAAGCCUGUGGAAGUUUAGGUGCCACGUGGGUGAAAGUUUUAAGAAAAAACAAAAAUUUAUGUAAUAUUUAUUUUUUUAGUGCCCUUUCAAAGAGAUAAGAUCAUUUUAUUAGACUAUUAAAAUAUACUCUAUAUUACUUGAUUUCUUAAAAAAAAGAUUUAAAUGAAUAUAAAAAUGCUAAUAUUCAAGGGGGGAAAAUGUUUAGGCAAAAGCCGUAGGGCCACCAUCAGAGAACCCAUGCUCUCACCACCAGCAGUUCCUGCUGUCUCUGAUACAUCCCUUUACUUCCUUUUCUCAAUUCCAUAAGUGACUUUUCUGUCGCACACCUUGGGUGCUGAUGUCAGAGAAAGAAACAAGGCUUACCAUGGGCAAGCGCAGUUCAUACCCACAUCUCGGUAGCUUGUUUCUGAGCCUGGGUUGGUUUUCAGGGAUUUGCGUUUCACAGCCUCAGAUAGAAGCUAGAAGAAAGGGAUCAUGCAGCCGCUGUUCAGGCUUCUGGGCUGCACUUAUUUGUGGACCAAAUGCUUAAAGAAUGUGCUGGGCAUACUCCAUACGAAAGGCUUUUCCUAAACCCUUCCGUCCUAGACCUGCCAGGUAAUCUGCUUUGUCACCUUCCAAGCUCACCAGCUUCGCUUUCUGAAUUUUAGGGUCUAUGAGCUAACUAGUGUGCUGCAUGCUUUCCAGAAGAAUCCACCUGCUUCUUCCAGUUCCUCACUUCACUUUUGCCUGCGCUUCCUUGCCAUCAGAGGUUGGCUUUGAUGGGCGAUGACAGUUGGCUUCCUCUUGAACUGCUGUGAAAACAGUCUAGUACAGAGAUGCUGUCAGCCAGGGUGGGAGUAGAGAGCGCUUGUGAAGCUGGGGCGUGUGGUGGCAGAGAUUGCUCUGCAGAAGAUACGGAUGCUAUUUGCCACUUACUUCCGAGUGCUUACCUCCCUGCUGGUAGAAACGUUUGUAGGUUCUGACCUGUGGUCCAAAGUUCUGUCAGACCUUCCUUCUUGUGGCCUUUGGAAGGAGUAAGUCCCCUUCUUCCUGACCUGCCUAUCCAGGCCACGUGGUAAGGGUGAGGAAUUCUUAGCCUCAAGUGAUACUGGCAGGUGUUUAUCUGGUGAUGCUUCAUGGGGCUGUUCCGCAGCUCUCACAAACUGUCUGUUAAGCACGUCUUGUGCUAUCAUCAGUGCCACAGACACACAAAUGCUCAGCUGCCUAGCUCAGCUGGGAACUGAAUCUUCUACGUGAAAAGCUUUUCUCUUUCCCCCAAGUGUAAAUCUAGCCCAACUCACAAUGGCAUGGAAUUUCUUAGCUUUCAAAGGCUUAUGUCUACCUGCAUCUCAUUUUGUCCUCACGGCCCAGGGAGAUAGGGGUUUUCCGUACCUUUACCCAGGCUUGGAAGCUAAGGUUAAGGGUUGAGGGUGAGAGGUCUCUUGUAUGAGAGACACACAAUGCCAAGACUCGAAUGCAAGGCUCUCUAAGAUUUUUCUUCUCUGCCCCAUCUGAUUUGACCAGAUGGUAACUGUAAGACAAAUUGACUUUUGUCCUUUCAGAAGUUUCCUACCAAGAACUUUCUGAGUCUACAGUCUUCCAAAAGAGGAGGAGGAGCUUGAAGUCUAUUUUCAAGCAUCUUCUUGUUGCUUCUGGGCAGCUUUGCCUGGACCGAGGCUGUUUUUGGAGGCUGCUAACCAAAUCCUGGAAGCAUCUUGCAUUGUCUUCCCCACUAUCUUCCUUCCCAAGAGAAUUGCUUUUCUUUUUGCAAGCUGGUAGGCAAGUUCUACCCAUGAGACAGAUCACUCCAGGCUUCUGGACACUCACUCAUGGGCAAUAUUUGCUACUUAAGCCAAGGGUUUCAGACAGCCCAAUAAGCCCCAAACUGGCUCUGCCCUCUUGCUGAUGGGAGGAGCCACCGGCAGGUUAAGCCUUGCUCCCACACUCUCCUGGGUGUCUAAAACUCAGUAUGCCCAGGAGACCGUGUGGUAGAGCGCCCAUUCCUGCCUUGGGAAGAGAGAGGUCUCCCAUCUCUGCUUCAGCUUGAGAAGCACAGGUCAGCAGAGACCUGUGUGUGACUCGCACAGACAUGGAAACAUAAAUGCAGUUAAAACACUGACAUACCAAAUUCUCCUUCGAGGUUCUGUAUCUUCUUAGAAAAAGUCUGUGAAUCUGGUGGUUCCAAAUUUAGCCUUCUCAUGCCUGCUUUCCUCAUUCAUCCUUUCUGGCUAAGUGAUGAGCCCCUUAUUUCUCAUCCCUAAAAAUCCUCAGCGUAGGCUGCUUUGUGUGCCGAGGCGGUCCAUGCAGCUGCGUAAUUACUAGCGUACCUUUAAAAUUUAGAGAAAACCAAGCCCAUUGGCAAAGGCACCGAUUCUUUUCUCCUCUGGCAAUGGCAGAGGCUCAGAAGCAGAAAUCCAUUUUACGAAGAAGAAGGUUGUGGGAGCAAGAAGAGAAUGAGCUGGUCUUCCUAGGCAGGGCAGUGAGCGGACACUGUAAAUAUUUUUACACAAAAAUUUAUUAAAGCAAAAGUUAUUUCCUGAAGAGUCACCCUGGGUGAGGCUUUGUGUCGGCUUUAGAAAUCACCACGGGGCUAAGAAAACAUUUCUUACACAGCUCCUUCAUUGUGCUUAAAGAAAGCAAAGGAUUCACGUGCUCAGUUUGAAAGUGUCAGAAAAACAUGUUUGUUUGUUUUUUUUUUUUUUUUCCUAGACUUUUCAGGGUUUUCUCUUCUUAGCUUUGUCAGACUGUGGGGUAGGACAGGGUCUCUCAGGAUGUGUGGGUCCCUCUGCUUGGUGGAGGCUGUCCAGGUACAUGGUCUUCUAAGCAGUGAGGAAGCCUAGGUGUGUCCCAGUUCACUACGGGAACCCCAGUGUAGCCCUGUCCCCUCCAGACAUGCCGCUUCUAAUUGUGUUCACAGCAGCCAUCUUCACUGAUCAACCCUGUGCCACGUGGUGUGUGUUUUUCCCACUGACAAUGAAUAAAAGGUGUGACUGUACAA